AUGUCCGACGAGCGCACGUUGUUCUGCCGCGGUGAUGAGGACCCGGCCGAGCACGACGACAUCUGGGACGACACGGCCCUGAUCCAGGCGUACGACCGGGCGCUCGCCUCGCACUGCGUGGCGCUGUACACGGUGGACGGCCUGCCGUACGAGGCCGAACUGCUCUCCGUGGACGGCAAGAGCUGUGAGCUGCAGUUCGUCGGUUACGGCAACCGGCAGCGCGCCAGUCUGGCCAACAUGCUGAUGGCGUGGUACGUGAGCGGCUACUACACGGGGUACUACCAGGCGCGUCGGGAGCGGCAGGCCGCCGCCAAGAGGUGA